AUGAUUGACAAAGAUUUGGCAAAAAUGCGUAAGAAUACACAAUAUUCUGCUGAUAACGCGUGCUGUUUGACAUCACAUUCCAGAAGCAGUUUUCGAAAUCGUAAAGGUUAUUUGUCAAAUAUCGUUGUGAUUGAAGUCAAUAAGGAGAAUUUGAGCAUUACAUGGCCAUAUCUUUUGCUUUCUAUCCGGAAUGCAUCAUUUAUAUCGCUUGAUUUGGAACUUAGUGGUUUGGGAAUGCAAAAGGGAUGGUUAGCGAAAUCAUUGGAAGAGCGGUAUGAUGUUAUCCGACAAAGCGCUCAGAGCCGUUCGGUGCUUUCCGUUGGUAUUGCGACCUUUCAGUUAGUUGAUAGGAAAGAAACAGAUGCAAAGAAGAAGCUCAAAUAUAAAUGUCAGGUUUUUAAUAUACUGACAUUAUGCACCGUACCGUUCGUUGUUGAAGCAGAUGGGUUUCAGUUUUUGUCGAAACACAAAUUUGAUUUUAAUCGAUGGGUCAGUUUGGGCAUUCCGUAUGACAAUGAUACUAAAAAGGGAAACACAAUGACGGUGUUGUGGCAUGAAGUGUUAUGUGCCGCUGUUCCUAUAACAGUGCAUAAUGGACUUAUCGAUUUGGCAUUUAUUUAUCAGCAUUUUUACAGUGUUUUACCAGAAACAUUCAGUGAAUUUGUCGUUAAUGUUUCUGACUGGUUUUUAUUACCUGGAGACAUUCCUGGUCUCUAUGAUUCGAAAUACAUCGCGGAAUAUAUUGCUCGAUUUAAAGCAUCCUUCCUCGAAUAUGUUUUCAGGAAAUGUCAACGUGAAAAUGCAAUUGAAAAUGCACGUAAUCGGUUGUAUAUAAGCAUUGAAUUCGAUUUUACACCCGUAAAAGCGCACUUGAAGAAUGCUAUUGACAUAGUUGAUUGUAAAUUGCCCCAUAAUUUCGAUGCGAGUGCUUCGAUGGAGCCUUGUCCCGUUAAUGACGAACAAAAGGAUUCACUUUGCAAGCGAUAUUCAAACUAUGGCUUCUGUCGCGCCAGGAAUUGUUCCUAUGUACAUGACGUUGACAUUCUAUUGAGCUUGGAGGAUCAAAAGCAAGCAAAGGUACGUGAAAGGCGGAAAAGAAGAUACGAUUAUGAGUUGAAACUUUCUGAGUUGAGAUCGAUAGAUGAUCGAAAGGAUAAGAUUUUGGUUUCACCAAGCAGUGAAAAAAGAACCGCUGUGAAUGAAUCGAUUUCAAUGGAUAUUUUAAAGCAGAGCGAAACAAUGAAAACACCAGUCAAUUUAACUCAGGCAACUAACUUAUUGCAAUCAGUAACAGGUUGCCAUCGUGCUGGUGUGGAUUCAUUCAUGACUGGGUUUGCUGUGGUGUUUAUGCAGCGUAUGAAUCUUUUGCGAAGUGGGAACUUCGACCCGAAAUGUGGCAAUCGGCUGGCUUUACCAGGCAAGAUGACACCAUUGGUACUUCAUAAAAGUAAUUACAUCAAAGCAGCAAAUGAUCAUGUAGCAAAAUGGAUCGAAGUUGAACAUGAACGAAACCGCAGAGUGCAACUGGAAAUUCAGUGA